CAACUCAAAGAAAAAGGCUUCGAGCCACUCAUGCCUCCAGAGCUGAAGGCCAAACUAACGCUUGUCCUAAAGCAGCUGGAUAGAGAACUGGUAAAAGAAACACCAGAAGCCAUCAAGGAGGAACUUGAAAGAAACAUGCCAGACACACAAAUCGGCAACAUUUAUAUCAUGAAAAACAGAUACCUCAUAAAGAUUCAGUUUACAGACCACCAGAUUGCUGCCAAAAUACAGGAAAAGGGCCUAUACCUCUUCAAUAUCUAUAUAAGCCCCAGACAAAUCGAGCCAGAAAGGUUCACCACCAUUGUGCAAUGCAUCCAUUGCUACCGCUAUGGACACUAUAAAAAUAGUUGCCCAGAUAAAGAGAAAAGACUCAAACUAUGCUCCGAAUGUGGGUCCAACACCCACAACUUCAGAGACUGUAAGUCUCAGACCAAAAAAUGCCUAAACUGCGGUGAAGGACAUAGAACAAUGGCCAACUCGUGCCCCAUCAGAAAGGAGGCCAUGAAACAGACGAGAGAGGAGAGAGCAAAAAAAGAAGAAGAGAAAAAAGACAUACCAAUAAAAAAAGUAGCAGAGCAAACGGCCAAACAAACUGUAGCCGCCACCCAAAAUGCUUGGCUCAAACCACUAAUUAAAGAAAUGAAAGAAGAAAAAGAAAAAGACAAAAAAGAACCACAAAUAAUCCUGCAGCUACCUGAUGACCUGUCAGUAGGCAUCAUGACUGCCCUAAUACACGCCCACCUCCAAAACAUCAUGGAGCCAGGACUGGGUUAUAGACACCACAUAAAAAAAAUCCUUCAAAAAAACAAUUUGCCAGACCUCGACCUUGGGGACGGGGAUUCCUGGGGGAUCUUCAAAGUUCUCCCACCUAACACAGUAAACACCACAACAGAAACUAUACUCACACAGACCACAGUCUCACCACGCCACCCACAACCGGAUCUCGACCCACAGGACGAGUCAGAGACCGAAAUAUUCACUGCACCACAAAGAAAACCAACACCAACACCAACACCAAUCCCCACACCUACACAAUCACCUACACGACCACACACACCCCAACAGUCGCCACAACACCCAAAACCACAACGAACACAAUCAGUGAAACCCAAAACAACACAUGCACACCGCAAACACACAGACGACCUUACAGACUCAGAGGUCGAUGAUCAGUCCCUUCGCCACAGGGACGGUUACGACCUCAACCCAAAAACAUAUGGCAUCCGCCUCUUCGCUGCAGAGCCCUCACGCUACAAACACCUCAACAG